UCCAUACUCUCAUGUGAAGUGAAAUGCUCAAUUGCUCAUACAUCGAUAAGAUAAGUUUGUACUAAAUUCCUCGUUUGUGUAGAGUAGGUUAUGUUGUCUGGCGGUUAGAAAUGCGAUCACCAGAAUCGAAGAAAGUUUACACUUGUGACGAAGCGGAAGUGAGUGUCGAACUGAUCAUUGUGAAAGAUGAACACGACCACAAAAGUGCUUGUGACAAUGACAAUUUCGAUAAAGAGGAACAUGAAGAUUUUGACACCAAGACUGCAAUUCGACCGACAAUGCUUGACAUCACCAUCGAAAGACUCAUACCAAAAACCACCAAAGGCAAAGACUUCGUGCAAAUUUGCGGAAUAUUAACAGCAUCCCUCGGCGGUUUUUCCGCCGGCGCUCAUCUCGCGUGGCUAUCGCCGUCCGUGCCGAAACUGCUCCUCAACUCGUCGUACAUCGGGCCCAUAACCCUGGACGAGGCGUCGUACUUCUCCGUGAUAACGCCGAUAUUUACGAUCAUAUUCUCGUUUGUCGUCGGAAACGCGAUGAAGAUCAUCGGACGAAAGCACCUGAUCGGUUUUAUGGCGGUGCCUCACAUAAUCAGCUGGCUUCUGAUCGCGACGGCGCAGAGCAUCGUUCCGAUCUACAUUUCGCGCGCGUUCAACGGAAUUUCGGACGCCGUGACCGUCUGUACGUCGACCGUGUAUAUUGGCGAGAUUACGACGCCGCUAGUUAGAGGGAAGUGGGGCAACAUGCUGAUGUGCGCGAUCUUCUUCGGGCACUUAAGCGUCGUGGUCGUGGGGGUUUACUGUGAUAUUGUGUCGACUGCGUACAUCUUUCUCAUUCCUCCGGUGCUACAAAUUUUGUUUACGAUGGUCGUUCCGGAAUCUCCAUACUUUUUGAUCAUGAGAGGGAGAGACAACGAGGCAAUGUCCGCCCUGCGGCGUUUCCGAUGGAAGAAAGACGUUCGGGAAGAGUUCUCCGCUAUAAAAAAAGAUAUUGAAGCAAAAAGUUCGGAGUCGGGCGUCUUUUCAGAUUUGUUUCGCAACGCCACCAACCGGAAAGCCUUGUGGAUCGUAAUGGCACUCUUUACAUUUGUGGAGUAUAGCGGAUUGCCGGGAUUCGUCACAUACGCACAGUACCUUUUCCAGCUGGCCGGAGGCACAUCGCUAUCAGCCGAGGUAUCUUCCAUAAUCUUCUUCUCAGUAUUAUUUCUCCUGACAGUAUCUGCGUCCUCGGUGGUCGGUAACUACAGCAGAAGGACCAUGAUGAUCAUCUCCAGUUUUGGCUGCGCCAUAUCCUUGCUAAUGGAGGCCAUCUUCUUUUACGUCAAAGACGAAACAGCCUUGGGCGUCUCGCACAUCUCCUGGGUGCCACUCCUCGGCAUGUUAUGCUACAUCAUCUUCUUGUCCGCCGGAUUGUCACGCAUGCCGUUUUUGAUGAUUGGCGAACUCUUCUCGCCAGGCAUCAAAAAUUACGCAGUGUUCAUCGCGAGUUCCUACCAAGCUGUGAAUAUGAUCAUUGUACCAAAACUGCUUCAGCUUCUCGUUACCAAUUUCUCAAUGUACGUCCCAUUUAUGUUUUUUACCUGUUCGUGCCUCAUCGCGACAAUAUUUUGCUACUUGUGCGUUCCAGAAACAAGAGGGAGAACUUUAGAGGAGAUUCAACGAAUUUUAAAUAGUAAGACGUAGAGAAAUUUUAAAUUUGCAUGUAUUUUAUUUAUGACAUUUGGAUCUCAAUAAAUAAAUAUUUUAGAAGUUCA